AUGGCGCCUGCACACGCUUCGCUGCAAUCGUCUUUGGGGCAUCCUGGCGUCAUGCGGUCAUCGGCUUGUAUCCUGCUCCUUUGCGGACUACAGCUCAUCCUCUGGGUUCCCAUACAGGGCAAUGACUUUUCCUCCUUUCUGAGUGCCAACGCUUCGCUGGCCGUUGUGGUGGAUCACGAGUACAUGACCACGCAUGGUCAGAAUAUUUUGGCCCAUUUUGAAAAGAUCCUGAGCGACAUUAUCAGGGAGAAUCUGAAGAAUGGAGGCAUUAAUGUGCGGUAUUUCAACUGGAACUCGGUGCGAUUGAAAAAGGAUUUCUUAGCUGCCAUUACGGUAACGGAUUGUGAGAAUACCUGGAACUUUUACAAAAACUCUAUGGAGACCUCAGUUCUCUUGAUUGCCAUCACGGACUCCGAUUGUCCACGGCUCCCACUCAACAGGGCUUUAAUGAUUCCCAUGGUUGACCACGGCGAUGAAUUUCCACAAAUUAUUCUGGAUGCCAAAGUGCAGCAGAUUCUAAACUGGAAGACAGCUGUGGUUUUUGUGGAUCAAUCCAUAUUGGAAGAAAACGCCGUUUUGGUCAAGUCCAUUGUACACGAAAGCACCACCAAUCACAUCACUCCGAUCUCACUGAUUCUCUACAAGAUCGAUGACUCGUUAAAGGGUCAAAAGAAGAGGAAUGCUCUCCGGCGGGCCUUGGCCCAAUUCGCACCCACCAAGCACGAGGAGAAGCGCCAGCAGUUCCUAGUGGUAUCCGCCUUCCAUGAGGACAUCAUAGAAAUAGCCGAGACGCUCAACAUGUUCCACGUGGGCAAUCAGUGGAUGUUUUUUGUACUGGAUAAGGUGCGUCGCGACUUUGAUGCCGGCACGGUGACCUUUAAUUUGGACGAAGGCGCCAACAUAGCCUUUGCCCUCAAUGAGACCCUGCCCGACUGCGAGGACACGCUGAACUGUACCAUCUCCGAGGUGAGCCUAGCCCUGGUGACUUCCAUUUCCAAGAUGACCGUCGAGGAGCAGUCCGUAUAUGGAGAGAUCUCCGACGAGGAAUGGGAGUCCAUACGCUUUACCAAGCAGGAAAAACAGGCUGAAAUUUUGGAGUACAUGAAGGACUAUUUGAAGGCCAACAGCCGGUGUGCCAGCUGCGCCAAGUGGCGCAUUGAGACCGCCAUCACCUGGGGCAAGAGCCAGGAAAACCGGAAGUUCCGUUCAGCUCCAACACGCGAUGCCAAGAACCGAAAUUUCGAUUUCAUCAACAUCGGCUAUUGGAGUCCUCUACUCGGAUUCGUUUGUCAGGAACUAACCUUUCCCCAUAUCGAGCAUCACUUUCGCAACAUCACCAUGGACGUGCUGACAGUGCAUAAUCCGCCCUGGCAAAUCCUGACCAAGAACCAGCACGGUGUGAUCGUCGAGCACUCGGGCAUUGUGAUGGAAAUCCUAAAGGAGCUGAGUCGGGCCCUGAACUUUAGUUACUAUCUGCACGAAGCCGCCACGAGGGAGGAUUAUUCUUUUAGCACGGCCUUGAAUCCAAACGAAACCGAUGAACUGGCGGGCUCAAUGACCUUUCGCCUACCGUACCGCGUGGUGGAAAUGGUCCAGGGCAAUCAGUUCUUCAUAGCCGCCGUGGCUGCCACCGUGGAGGAUCCCGACCAGAAGCCCUUCAAUUACACCCAGCCGGUCAGUGUACAGAAGUACUCGUUCAUCACACGCCAGCCGGAUGAGGUGUCCCGCAUCUAUCUGUUCACGGCUCCCUUUACCAUGGAGACCUGGGGCUGUCUGGUAGGCAUCAUUCUGCUAACCGCUCCCAUGCUGUAUGCCAUCAACCGCCUGGCUCCUCUGGAUGAGAUGCAAAUCGCGGGCUUGUCCACUGUGAAGAGUUGCUUUUGGUACGUCUUUGGAGCCCUACUACAGCAAGGUGGCAUGUAUUUACCCAGAGCCGAUAGUGGCCGCCUGGUGGUGGGCUUCUGGUGGAUCGUGGUCAUCGUACUGGUUACCACCUACUGCGGCAACCUGGUGGCUUUCCUCACCUUCCCCAAGUUCCAGCCGGGUGUCGACUACCUCAGCCAGCUGCAGCGCCACAAGUCCAUCUCGCAGUACGGCCUGCGGAACGGCACCUUCUUUGAAAAGUAUGUGCAGACGACGACUCGGGAAGACUUUAAAUACUACGUGUCGCGUGCGACCAUUUACGGUAGUGCCCAGGGCGAGGACAUCGAUGCGGUAAAGAGUGGACAUCGCAUCAACAUCGACUGGCGCAUCAACCUGCAGCUGAUAGUGCAGCAGCAUUUCGAGCGCGACAAGGAGUGCCGCUUCGCCCUGGGCAAGGAGAGCUUCGUGGACGAGCAGAUCGCCAUGAUAGUGCCGUCACAGAGCGCCUAUUUGCACCUCAUCAAUCGUCACAUCGACAGCAUGUUCCGCAUGGGCUUCAUUGAGCGCUGGCACCAGAAGAAUCUGCCCAGCGCCGACAAGUGCAGCGGCAAGAGCGCCCUCCGCCAGGUCACGAACCAUAAGGUCAACAUGGACGACAUGCAGGGCUGCUUCCUGGUACUGCUCCUGGGCUUCGUGAUAGCCGUCGUCGUCGGCUGCUGCGAGUUUUGGUAUCACCGCUUCUACGUGCUCAGCGAUAAUCGCAAAAGCAAGGAAUUCACCAUUUGACCACUGACCACAA